UUAUCAAUGUCUCCUUCUGAAAGUUCCAUUCCAAAACCCUGAUCAAUUUGGAAACAGAGGUUAGUAAAAAAAUUAACUUCUAAUUUGGUUAUAUAAUAACUAAUUAUGUUUAGGUAUACUAUUAGUCACAGAAAGUUAUCUUUGAUUUGGAUUAGGAGAAAUUAUUCUAGUGGAUUAGGAAAUGAAAUCUUGGAUCCAACGAGUGAACUAUGUAAAAUUAUGAUUCGUUGCCCUAAAGUAGGGCUAGAAGCUUCUUUAAAUGAAAGUGGAAUCAAGGUUUCAACAGAAAUGGUAGAGGAUAUCCUUCAUAGGUUCGAAAAUGGCGGUAUGCAAGCUUAUAAGUUCUUCGAAUGGGCACAAAAGCAAAAAUAUUAUACACAUAGUGUUAGUGCUUAUCAUAUUAUGAUUGGUUCAUUAGCAAAGAUUAGGCAGUAUCAAAUCAUGUGGGAUUUAGUUAAUAAAAUGCGUGAUAAAGGGAUUGUGAAUGUUGAGACGUUUUCUAUUAUUAUGAGGAAGUAUACUAGGGCGAAGAAGGUUGAUGAAGCUAUUUAUACUUUCAAUGUUAUGGAUAAAUAUGGAAUUACACCGAAUUUGGCGGCGUUCAAUAGUUUAUUAAGUGCUUUGUGCAAGUCUAGAAAUGUGAGGAAAGCACAAGAGAUAUUUGAAAGUAUGAAAGAAGACAGAUUUGUUCCUGACGCGAAGACUUACAGUAUAUUGUUAGAGGGAUGGGGGAAGGCUCCGAAUUUACCCAAGGCUAGGGAGAUUUUUCGAGAAAUGGUCGAUACGGGUUGCCAGCCUGACAUUGUAACUUACGGGAUUAUGGUUGAUGUUCUCUGCAAGGCGGGUAGGGUUGAUGAAGCUGUUGGAGUUGUCAAGGAUAUGGAUUCUGUAGGGUGUAAGCCAAGUACAUAUAUUUAUACUGUCCUGGUUCAUACUUAUGGGAUAGACAACAGGAUUGGAGAUGCGGUGGAUACAUUUUUGGAUAUGGAGAAGAAUGGAGUAGCUGCUGAUGUUACCGUAUAUAAUGCUUUGAUAGGUGCUUUCUGUAAAGUGAACAGGUUCAAGAAUGUCCCUAGGGUUUUGGAAGAGAUGGACCGCAAGGGGGUUGUACCUAAUUCCCGCACAACCAACAUUAUUCUCAACAGCUUGAUAAGACGCGGGGAGACUGAUGAGGCUUUUAGUGUCUUCCGAAGAAUGAUGAAAGUAUGUGAUCCUGAUGCUGAUUCUUAUACAAUGAUGAUAAAGAUGUUCUGCGAUAAUGGUGAGUUGGAUAAGGCUUUGAAAGUAUGGAAGGUCAUGAACACAAAGCGGUUCGUUCCUAGCAUGCACACUUUCUCUGUACUUAUCAAUGGGUUGUGUGACAAGGGGGAAGUUUCAAAAGCUUGUGUCUUUAUGGAGCAAAUGAUUGAGAAGGGGAUCCAACCCUCAGUUCCGACAUUUGGGAAAUUAAGACAGUUGCUAAUAAAGGAAAAUAGAGAAGAUGUACUUGAAUUUCUUGUUGAGAAAAUGAAAUUGUUAGUCAAGGAUCCGUUAUGGGACUGACUAAGAUGAUAAUUCAGUAGCUCAUACCCAAGCCUGCUGUUUAUACGACUUCCAAAGUGUUAGGGGAUUUUGGAAUCUCAUGACCGGCUUAUGAAGAACUAAAUGCGGAGCUCUGACAGUGACAACCCAAGACAAUUUGGUGCUCUUGCUGUGUCAACCCAGGGACAGUUUCUCCAGAAGCUGGUUAUAAGGAGUCAAAGACUCACAUUGCUAGUGACUACUCUUUGAAGCACACGGCUAUGGUAAAGAGAAAGCCAGGUGAAAAUGCAGGAAUACAGAGACAGCUCUAGAUUCAGGAACUACUGAGCUUCACCGCAGGCAUUUGAGGUCUGCUUCUGUUUAUGUUCCAAAUAUCCAUUCUUCUGUAUUACAGAUGUGUCAGGUGGCUAGGCUCCUCAAAUAGCAUGUUUUGCAGUCUUAUGUCAUAAAUAUACCAUAUCUGAUAGGAUGGGUCUCCUCGGAUUUCUUAAAAUCCAUGGAAGCUCGGGAAGGGUAGAAUUGUUGCUAAUAUCUUAAGAUGAUGUGGUAGGAGAGGAGACGCGGGAGGGAGUGAACGUCUGUCUGAUGAAUUAGUGAAAAAUCUUAAAUCCAAGAGGCAUCAGGUUUUUAUUUGUUGGUCAAGUGUAGAAGUUUAUGCGAAGUCCCAGGCUUGUUUCUAUAUUAUUUUUGAGGCAGGUUUGACCUGUAUACAGUUUCUGGCUUGUCUGAGCGAUCUAUACUUGAAGGAAAAUGAUAAUAUGCAGUAAUUCUCAAAUUAACAGUUUCUCAUCUAAAUCAAGACGGAGUAAACUUAACAGCUUCUCAUCUGUAAUCAAGAUGAAGGAAAAAUGUGCAGAAGUUCUGGGGAUUCUUACAUCCAUUGCAGGAUCACUUUUUAAGAUUUUGUAAGUUUGCCACUUUCACCGGUACCACCAAAUUUCACUCUUAAUAUAGGAGUAAUCCUU